ACAAUAUCAACAUAAAAUGACUUGUGUACGAACAUAUUACGAAGGCCAACGCAAGAUGGUUUACACAUAAAAUAAGUAUGUUUAUAGACGCGCGAUACUGCCUUCAAAUGUUGAAAUGCCCACUUGAAAAAUAUUUCCAUUCUUACAUGAUCAUGAAGCCAACUUGUUAAAGUUGGGCGCUGAGACAUGGUACGUAAGUGAUCUUCGACGAAGAAUAACUGAGUUAAUCAUUUGACCUAAACAACAACUUUUACCUUGCAACUAGAUUGAAACAUGGAUAACUGACUUAAUCCAUUUGUAGCUAUUGCUCCCAUGUUCUAUUGGAUUGGAUCUGUGGUGAUGAACACAUGACUAUCGAUCUGGUGUCUAUUCAAUUUUUGGGAGAAAAUGAAAUUGUAUUGUUGAUCGUGAAAUGAAUGAUGGCGAAUGGGGAUAAGGUUCUCUCGUCUAAUUCAAACACUGACAAGUCUUGGUGGGACCUUUUUGCAAUUUGGAGAUCGAGAUUGAUGUUAUAUUUCUUUUAUAUAUUAUGCCCAACCACCACCACCACCACAAACUUUGUAUUUUGAACCGUUCAAUGUGCUCCAUCCAUCAUCACGAGGCACAUACUCGCCUGAAAUAUGUGCAAGCUUUUUUUUGGACUAACUGGUUUUAAGUUCCAUUGAAAGCACUUGGCUAAUUUGAGAAGUUUGAUUUGUGAUAUUGGGUUUUUGAGUGAUCAUUACAUUGCAUCUAAAUUAGUGGGUACUGAUUAAUUUGCAACUCCAUGGUGUAUGCGGUGCUUGAACUUUGUGAAUCUCUCUGACUUUGGAAAUUGUAUGUGUUCUGAUUGAAUUUGAUCUCGAUCUGUUAUUAGUUAUCGUUACGAAUUUCGUACUUGGUACGAUGACAUUUUUCAGAGGUCUGAGUCGGACUGUGAUAUUAACAUGAUUUGAGUUCAAGAUUUUAUGAAUUUCUUGCUUCUUUACUCUAUUUCUUUCUAUAAUUAUCGUUGUGAAUUUCAUACUUCAUCACCUAGUAACUGAGCUAGCGAUACUAAUUAAGUUUUUAGCUUCAAGGCGUGUCGGGAUCAAGACUUUGUGAACCUCUAGUUUUGAAUUUCAUACUUCCUACAAGUGCACUCAUUAAUCCUAGUCGUAGAUUUUAAGGAAACCUAAUUCCACCGUUCCUACUCUCACCACACCCGUUCAAUGGAAGCCAACUCAUAGAGUUUGAAGUUUGCACAUACUGAUCAUACCAUGUGCUCAAACCAACGGUUAAUAAUAUGAGUUGUGACACGUGAGAACUUGAGUACUUGACUCAAGACCUUUUGGUGAAACCUCGCGCUAUGAUUUCAUGUCUCGAUAAUUUAAACGGUUAAGAGAGACUAAAGUAUAUGGUCAUUAUACCACUUCCUUAAUAAAACCUAAUUAAUUAUCAAUUAAAUAAAACUAUAAACUUAAGCACUUAUUUUUUUUCACAAUUUCAAGCCAUCAAUUUACACAUUAACAACAAACAAACCUUGCAACCUCAUGGUCCAACAACAACACCUAAUAUACCUAAGCGCCAAACUACAUAAAGCCAGAAUUGCUCUUGCCCAGUUUACAUCCAAAAAACAUCAAUUCCUACAAAAGGGCAAAGAAAUUCACCCCAACAAAUAAUAAUAAAAUUUGAUAUCCUAUCCUUUAAAUUAUAACAAUAAUAAUUGUUGCGUAUUGUUCCUAUUUUGUGGGUACAGCUCCACGUGGCACGUGAGAAGAGAUGUGGAUCCACUUACGUAAUUUGGUGAUAUUAGUGGGAGAUUAGAGGUAAAUAUUUUUGGAGUUUAUUUAUAUACCCACGUGGAGGUCGGGGCCCCAAUUUGGAUGCGUUUGCCAAUUGACAUCGUCAACAAGACAACUACACGAUUGUACGUAUUAUCAUGGAGCUAUCAACCUACUACUUAAAGCUCAAAAGUUGAAGAAAAAAAAAUAUAUAUACAAACCUUCACAUGUUGAUGAGUUGGUAAUUAUUCUCUAAUUACGACGAAAAAAAUUAUAUUCUUUAAUCAUAUCUUACAGUUGACUCGAAAUCUGGUAGGCAUGAGGUCGACAUUAACCGUAAACUUAAGUAUUUGUUCCGCGAUCACUUAAAGAGUAAUUAAAAUGCAUUGUUACCAAACUAUUAACCUACUACUUUUGCCAAAAACCCCUCAUUUUCCUUCAAUGCCGUAUAGUAUAUAUAGGUUGUUUGGAUGUGCUUAUCCUUGAACUUCCUUGCUGUAUGAAAACAGCUAACGUUUAUAUUCCUUCUUUGUUGUUUGGAUUAGGGCUCUAUCACAACCAACCUUUUAAUUAUUGCUCGUCAGUUUUGGGCAAAUUCCGUUUUAGUACCAAACUACUAAGGCCAAACUAGUACUAGGCCACGCAAAAAUGAAAAAAAAAAACAAGGUAAUAAUAUUAGCAAGCAAGGUUUUAACCCGGGGUCGGUCUGGAUCGGCUUGGGGUGAAAACCCCGUUAAAACGAGUUAAAACCGGUUACAACUUGUCAAUAAACUUUAAUUUCAUAAAGUCACUUUUGCUUGGCUUUUCACAGGUUGUUCUAGUUCAUUCAAAAUGCCAAUCAUGAACUUAUAGGGUGGAUUUAAGUGUGUUUCAUUUUUUAUUGUAUGAUCAAUUCAAGUACUAACUAUUAUAUUGGUGUAGUAUGCAUGUUAUUAUUAUUAGAUGAUCUUUUCAUACAUCCAAGCUAAAUCGAGCUAAAAGAAUUAGACAAUAAACCCUUCACCACUUACUCGACCGGACCAACAUGCUAAAUCGAGUUCACAACCUGAUUUGCAUGUCAAUAAAAAUCAAUAAGGGGAAAUCAAUCAAUUCUAUAAUUUGAUAAGAGAUGAGUUAUAAAUUUUAAUUUACUGUUAUCUUUAACAUAAUAAUUUAAUUAUCCUGUCAUUUUCACCGAGGGUAAAAGUCACUGUCAUUUGUCAACAGAAGUUUAAUCAUUGGCCUCUAAUAUAUGUACGUGAUGACAUGUGCAUGAUUUGUUGAUAACUUUGAGAUAAUGUAAGAAUCUUUUUGUAAUUUUUCAUUUUUUACUCUUAAACUUGUUUUUAUCAGUGACAGCUUAGCUUACCUAAUGGUGCAUUUUUAUCCAUUUUAUUACAUGCAGGCGUUCAUUUAACUUAUCCAUGAAAAGUUCAACUUAUAAUCCCAAAUGCUAGAUUAAAAGAUAGGAGAUAUGAUUAUCAUUGAGCUCUAAGCACUGAUCAAUUCUAGGUCAAAUCCUCAGAAUAUGGUUGUUAUCGAGCUAGAUACUUCUUACGUUUUGACAUUGACGUACAAUUGUAUCGAGCAAUUAAACAUAUGCAUUAGAUUACAAACAUCAUGAAUAAUACACGUAAAAUAUAUUGUCUUUUGUCAAGAUAAUCAUUCAAGAACGAAUUAACAAUCACAUGCCAUUCAUAUACACGUUGAUGUAUAAAUACGGAGAAUAAAUAAAAUUAUUAAUGAAGAAGAGUGUCCUAUAUAACCUAUCAAAUUUACCAUUGGAAACACAUACUACUUCAAAAUUGGGCCAUGAUGAAUGAAACCCACACCAAAUCCCACAAUUAUAUUUCAUCAUGUAACAAAAUAAAAUAAAAAUACAAUGGCUAGAAAUUAAAAACCAUAUAUGAUAAAUAAAAACAAAACAGUUUCGUGAUCGUGUUAGUGUUAGUGUAUUUUAUUCUCACCAUCCAUCAUCACAGAAAAUAUUUUAUUAUUUCCCACCCUCCAUUUUUUUUAAAUUUCCCCAAACCCCAAAAUAAAUAAAUAAAAUAAAAAAAUCAUCCCAAAUGAACUCCAAAUUCACCUCAAAUGAAAAAAAAAAAAAAAAAAACUUCCCGUCGUGUAUAUAUACACAACCUCCUCUCCAAUCCCGCCUUAUGAACCAGAAGAAGAAAUGGACUCCUGACAAUUAAUUCCCUCUUCUCCAUUUUCCGUUUCGCCCUUUCCAUUUCUCUCUUCUGAUUCUCCUCCGCCGACCGGAGUCCGCCGGAAAGGGCGGGUGCGAAAAUCUUUAUGAUAACAUCGCCGCCCAAACCACCACCACAUGGCCAAAGGCAACAAGAGAUUGACCACCAGCCGCAGCGAGCGCCUGCUCGGAGCCUACGGCGGCGGAGGCUACAGCAACGGCCACCAUGCCGAGCCGGAGCUCCGCGAGGAGGACGUGUGGUCCACGCUCCACGGCAGCGACGACGGUAACCGUUACGAUCGGGAGCACGUUUCGUUGAGCGAGUGGAGUUCACGCGCCGGGAGAGAGAGUAACGGCGCGAGCACGUCCAUUUCGACCCGCCGGCGAGCCCCACAUACCGAGGGCGGCUUGUCGUUGGCUUUCGAUGAUUCUUCCGAUUCACCCUCAUCGGAGAAAAUUCAGGCCGCGGCGGCAGCUACAACGGCGACGAGGAUUGUGCACCAAUUCCGCGGCCAAGAGAUGGCUGGGCCGGGAGAGUCGCCGCGGCGGCAGGUGGCAUCGUCGGCGCCGGUGAACGUCCCGGAUUGGAGCAAGAUCCUCCGGAUCGACUCGGUGGAAUCGCUGCACGAAAUGAGCAACGGCGGAGGAGGGUUCGGCUGGGGCGGCGAUCACGACGAUGACGAUGAGAUGGUGCCGCCGCACGAGUACCUAGCGCGUGAGUACGCGCGGGGACGGAAGAGCGGAGGCGCGUCGGUGUUCGAGGGGGUGGGCCGGACGUUGAAAGGGCGUGACCUGAGGCGCGUGAGGGAUGCGGUGUGGAGCCAAACCGGGUUUGAUGGCUGACCGAUCAAAUCAACCACUGGUCCCCUCGCCGGAGAAAAAAACCACCAAAAACAAUUUGAUUAUAAAUAUAGAUUCCUUUCUUCCCCAAAUUUUCUUGUUUAUUUUGAUUUUGUUUUAGAUUGCUUUUUUGGAAGUUUUUGGGUUUGGGCGAUGAUUUGGUUCGGCCGGGGGACGAAAGGGAGUUGAGUCGAACCAGCCGGCGACUGAGCUCAAGCUGUUUUCUCUGUUGUUUCUCCUGAAAUCAGAAAAAAGGUGGGGUUUGGCGGUUGGUGGCUCGAGGGAAUUUCCAUAAAGAGGGCUAUUUUGGUAAAAAAAAAAUGUUAAUGGUAAUUAAGUUUCUGAACUAUGUUCUUUCUUUCUAAUUAUUAUUAAUUACCAAAUUCAUGCAUCUUUCAAUACCAAACUAGCUUAAUCGUAAUAAAAAAGAUUGCAUUUCCACUUUAAAUGGAAGGAGAUGGUUGGUAUAUAUAGCACAACUUGACAAAAAGAGUGAUGCCACUCAUGAUUCUUUAAAUAGUGCCCGUGUUUCGUUGAAACUAAUAGAUUUUGUAAUGAAUAAAUGACAGGAUGAGAGAAUUUUAAGUUUAUAGAGGAUUAGAGUUGAAUUUCCUGUUUCAUGAGAGAUAGGUUUCGAUUAAAUUUCAAGGUAGUAGCCCAUUUAAGUAUUCGACAAAUUGGUGACUGUAACGUGUUUUUAAUUAACGUAGUUGAAGGACACACCUUAACAUGACGUGUUGUAAAUUAAUUAAACUCAUCCUGUGGAGUAAAUCGACUCUUAUAAAAGUCAAGAUGCUCUCUUAUUCAAUUUGUUUAUACCUCUACAACCUACUUGCAAUUCAAUCAUAAAAAUCUUACCAAUUAUUUACAUGAUGUUACAAGUGUUGAAUACCCAACUUAUAACUCGACUCUGUUUUUUUUUUCUUUUACGUUUUCUUUUGUCACUUUUAAUAAGCAAUGUCAAUUUUUGUUUUAGCAAUGUCAUUUCAAUCAUUAGUAAGAAAUCAAAAUAUAUUAAUUGAACUGGAUGGACCACAAUCUAACACCUUUUGUCCAAUGGCUCUUGCUUUGGCCAUCAUGUCACUGCCCUUAACUUUGGCUUAGCUUUUUGAGAGAAAGUGAUGCGCCCAUUCCCCACCUCCUUCCAUUUAAACCAACCCCAUUUCCUCUCCUUUCCCUGGACCAUUGAAUUUUGGUUCCAUACUAUUUAAACAAAAAGUGUUAGAUGCUACCAAAGUACAAGUUCUUUGUUUAGAAGUGCUACCAAGUACAAGUUCUCAUGCCAUUAAGCAGCAUUAAGCUAGCUAGCUUAAUGGGGCAGUCCUCUUUUCACAUACUUCGAUCCAAAAUGUAAUUAUCAUCAAGCGAGGGUCUUUAUCCCCUCUGUCAGUCAUUGUUUAAUUGGCUAUUAAUUAUCAUUCGAUACUAAUCGGAUAAACACAGGUGCUAAUAAACUAGAUGAUGAUGCUGCUGCUUUUGCCAUGAGUUACGUGUAUUGGGUUUACUUAGAAUGAAGCAUGUACGUGUUAAAAAAAAAUCAAGAAAUAACACUUGUUAUAUAUAAUAAUGGAGAGGAUAAUAUAGUUUUUUUUUUAGCCAACUUAUUUCGAGAGAUGAAGACCCUCACUUGACGCUAAUUGCAUAUGGGGAUUGAAGACUUGAAGUAUGGCAUGAUAGGACUAGACUAGACUACAAGUAAUUUGAUCAAACGAGGCUUUACUCUUUUUUUAGGUCGAAUAAACCCCUAAAAGCUUGAUAAUAAGGCAACCCACUUUUGUGAACUAUAAUAUAAUGGAUCAACAGUA